AUGGACAAGGACUUGGAUGCGCAUGGGCUCCUGGGGCAGUUUACCUCCAGUACUUCCCUACAUGGAGUAAAGCACAUCUCCCAGGGUUCCAAGGGUGCAAGAAGGCACUUCUGGGUUGUGGCACUCCUCUGCAUGUUGGUGUUGCUGGUGUACGUUAUAGUGAAUCAAGUGGUGAAGUUCACAAGCUACCCGUUCUACACGGUCAACACCCUGCGUCAGACACGCAGCCUGCCAUUCCCGUCCGUCACAGUCUGCAACAGCAACUUGUUCCGGAAGUCUGUUGUAACACAGGACCCCAUCGCGGCGAUGAGCCUGAGAGCGAUGUACGACAACGGCCCGCGGGCCCCCGCCAUCAACUUUAGUGAUCCCCGCUUUGUCUCAAAGAACACGGACUGUGACCCGCGAGAUUUCUUUCAGGCCACGGCUCACCAGCUAGAGUCGAUGUUCCGAUUCUGCUCUUGGAUGUCAGAUGAAGUGAACUGUUCCGAGUACCUGACCCCACAUCACACAAACCACGGCCUCUGUUACACCUUCAACUCGAUGGACUACAUAAAGAGUCACGGAAGACUGAACACCUCGUUUCCAGGAGAGGCUGGCGGACUCAAGCUCACCAUGGACAUAGAAGAACACGAGUAUUUCUACGGCCUAUCUUCUGCCUUAGGUAUUAAGGUUUUGGUACACGAUCCAGAUGUCUUUCCAAAUACGUACAACAGAGGUUUCCUCGUCGGUCCGGGCACUAAGGUCUCGGCGUCAACCUCCAUCACUAAGAUCAAGUGCUUGCCUGCACCUUACAAAGCUAUGGGAGACGAGGAAUGCCUGGACACCGGGGUUCCUGGUUUUGAGUCCCCGUUGGACUUGUACUCUACCUACGAUAUCCAGGCGUGUUACAUGGAAUGUACGGCAAAAGCCGCUAUCGCCGAAUGUGGAUGUCAGGAUACCUUAGACAAUGCGGUCAACGUUUCGUAUUGCAGUAUCCGGGAACUCAUCCAGUGCUAUCGUCCCAGUAAGGCCAAACAUCAACGCUCUAUCAAAUCAUUGGAGGAUUGCAAAUGCCUGAGACAAUGUAACUGGGACCAGUAUGACGUCCGCGUGUCUUCGGGCGGUUACCCCAUGGAACAUGACCUACAGCAGAUCAUGGAAAACCGAAAUAUCAGCAGAGAAUAUGUACUUAAGAACUACCUAUCAGUGGGCGUGUUCUUUGAUCAGCUGGUGUUUACCGAGAUUGAGCAGGUUCCCUCGUACACAGCCGUGGACAUUGUGGCGAACCUUGGCGGACAGCUGGGCAUUUUCCUCGGCGCCAGUUUCCUCACUCUUACGGAAGUUGUCGAGUAUAUCAUGGGAGCCAUAUGCCUUUUCGUUUCUAGACGCAAGAAAACUCAGGUUCAGGCCUGGACAGCGGACAACACGGAAAAGACGCCUGAUACAGCCAACAAAUCCUAAACUAUCCGAGCUAAGAAAUGCAUCCAAGGAUUGCUGAAUUUAGAGAUAUUUCCCGGGUUACGUGUUUUCAGCGGAGGAAAAUGUGACACGUUAUACAUUUUGUAACGUUAAUGAGUAAAAUGUUCCAUUUUUUUUAAAGUGCUACUUAACUAACAAAGUACCACGUAGUUUAUGUGGUACGGUAUGCAGUACAUCGUUGUUUGUGAAUUCCCACGUAA